AUGUCAUUCUUUAAAUCAUUAACAAAUAAAUAUAAAAAUAAUAGUAAUACUCCUGAGAGUAGCAAUAGUAACAAUGGAAAUAGUAAUAAUAACAAUAGUACAAAUAGUUCACCUUCAAUAAGAUCGUCUUCUUCAUAUUCAAAUUCACCUGUUAUUACUUCAAAUAUAAGACAAAGUAAUAAUAACAAUAGUAGUAGUAGUAGUAGUAAUAAUAUAAGACAAAGUAAUAAUAAUAACAAUAGUAGUAAUAGUAGUAAUAUAAGACAAAGUGAUGAGAUUUUUAAAUUAAAAAAUAGUGGAAAUAAUAGUUUACAUAACAAAGAUGAUAGUGGUAGCAACAAUAAUAAUGAUGAUGAUAAAUAUUUUACAAAGUUGUACCCAGAGGAAAGAAUUAUAUUGGUGAAUGCAGGUGCAGCACAUAUCGCUAUGAUUUCACAGAGUGGAAAGUUGUUCACUUGGGGUGAGGGUCAGUACGGUAGAUUGGGUCACGGCGAUGAAGAGUCGAUCAGCACGCCAAAACAGGUGGUAGCUCUCGCCAACAUACCAAUGAAGUAUGUAUUUUGUGGUGGUAGAUCAACGAUUGCUUUGUCACAUACGGCGGGCAGCGGGCUGUACACCUGGGGAAACAAUGAGUUUGGACAGCUUGGUAGAGGCGAUUGCGGUGACGAUUUCACGUGUUUGCCAGAGAGCGUUGCGGUGCCGGGUGCGAAGCGACUCGUUGCGCUGGAUGCCGGUGCGAGUCGCGCUGCCGUUAUCGAUAGUAGUGGCGCGCUCUUUACAUGGGGUCGAGGCGACCACGGCAGACUCGGUCAUGGCGACACUGAGAAUCGAUACCAACCGACACUUGUCUCGAGUUUGUAUGGACAUGUCGUUGUUGCCGUUGCGCUGGGUGGCGGACACUCACUGGCGCUGACCAAAGCCGGCGAGCUCUUCUCGUGGGGACGUGGGGAGAACGGUCAACUCGGUCACGGCUCCUAUCAAUCGCAACAGCUUGCACCGAAGCAGCUGCAGUUCUUUGUCGAUAUGCCAAAGAUUAUUGGGAUUUCCGCGGGUGGCUACCACUCGGUGGCGCAGCUUGAUGAUGGUUCUGUCUACGCGUGGGGAAUGUCUGACUACGGUAUCUUGGGAACGGGCGAUUCAGACGAUGGUGCUAUCAAUAUUCCACAGCGGAUACUCAUGCCGAGAGGCAUCAGAUUCAAAACUAUAUCUUGUGGAUUCCAACACACCGUUGCACUGACGUCUGACAACACAAUCUACAGCUGGGGAUGUGGAUUGGGUGGCAGACUCGGUACUUUCAACGAGAAGAAUCAAUGUGCGCCAAUUGCAUGUAAUAUACCAAACUACCAACCCGUUGUGUUUUCAGCCGGUGAAAUAUCGACUAUUGUAAUCGGAAAGAAGAAUACCGUUGUAGCUACUUCAAGUGGAUUGACAUCGACACCAACAUCACUAAUUACACCAACUACACCAACAAACGAAAAUAUAAAUGAACAAUCAAUACCGAUUGAUGAUGAUGUAGUUAAAUCAACAUCAAAGACAACAACCACAACAACAGCAGCAGCAAGUUCAGUAAUUAUAACACCACCAUUGACAACAACAACAACAACGACAACAUCAGAGUCUGAUACAUUGGCAGUAUCACCACAGUUGACAAGUAGUUUAAAGUCAACCAGUGGAUAUACUUUGAGUGUUAAUGAAUAUGAUGAACAGCACCCACAUGGUAGAGAAUGGUCAUUGGAUUUCACAGAUUGGUUAUCGAGCAUAUCAAAGAUAAAACAACUCUUACUAUUAGUACAAACAAAGAGAAAUACACCAACAGUACAAAUUAAAGUUAAUAAUCUAUCUUUAUCAACUAAUAGUACAAAUAAUAAUAAUAGUAGUAAUACAGGUCAAUUAGUAUCACCAGUCGAUAAAUAUUCUAAAGAAUUGGAUGAUGCAACUAAUGAAAUUAAAAAAUUAGUUACAAAUAUCAAUUUACAACAACCACCACAAGAUGAUCACCAGAUCGAAGAACAACUCGAAAAAUUAGUCGAGAAAAGAAAUACUGCUUUGAAUUCAUUGCUAGAAGAGAUAACAAAAUCGAUUAAUUAUUGGACUGAUUUCAAAGAGCAUAAACAUCAAUUAAUAUCAAAUAUCAAUUUAGUAUUAAAUGAUUUAACAGUGAACAAUCAACAAGAGGAAUCAGCAACAACGACAGCGACAGCGACAACAGCAACAAACAACAAACAAAUUUCAGUGAUGGAAAUACAAAAUCAAUGUAGUUCAUUAAGUCAAAGAUUAACAAUAGUAUAUACAGAGUUUAUACAAUAUAUUAAUAAUUUAUUGAUAAAUAGUAAUAGUAGUAAUAAUAAUAAUAAUGAAAGUAGUAGUAGUAGUUUUAGUAAAGAAUCAAUAUUGAAAUGUAUUGAAUCAUUAAAUAGUAUAAUAAUAGAAUCUAGAAGAUAUGCAGUAAAGUAUUUAGCGGCAUUGGAUAAUCAACUGGCACAUUGUGAUUCUGUAGUUGGUUCGCAGAUUGCACAACACGCAGAGAUUCAGUUGCACAGUGAGAUGACACGAUUGGCUGCUUCAAAGAUGGAGGAGAGAGAAAAACUCAAGUCAGACUAUCGCUCCUGUAAGAGAUCGAUCAUCGAUAUCACCAAGAAGAUUGAAGUACUUGAACUGGAGGACGACAGUAACGAUCUAUCGCUGCUUCAAUCAUUGACAGAGCAACAUCAACAAAUGAAAGUAGACGAACAACGACUCAUUGCCAAACAACAAGAGAUCAACGACAACAUCUCUACCAUCAUCGAAAAAUAUUCACCCGAAUUGAAAUUCAAAUUGAAACAACACGAUAGAAUAUCAAACAAAGUAAAAGAUACAGGAUUAUUAAAUUCUACAAGGAAAUUCAGUCAUUAUAAUAUUAUAAAGACAUUGGCUACUCAUCCACAUACAGUCUAUGUGGCAACAUUCGAUUCACAGCUAGUGGUUCUCAAAGAGUUUGGUAUUGGUGAUCAAAUUGGAAAGCAAAUGUUUGAAAGACAAGUUUCGCUUAUGAAGAUGAUGAAUCACAAGUGUAUCAUGUCAAUACAAGCAGUUUUUUACGACAGAAAUGCCUACUUGCAGAUGGAGUAUGUAAAGGGUGGAAAUCUGUGUGAAUGGCUCAAGAAGCAUACGGUUCGUCCGAAUCAAUCGCAGGAAGGUCGUAAGCCUUGGGAGAUACAAAAGAUGUUCCAGCAAAUUGUACAGGGAAUUGCAUAUAUGCAUUCCAAUGGAAUCAUUCAUCGUGAUAUUAAGCUAGAGAAUAUCUUGGUGCGAGAGGACGAUACCCCUGUGAUCUCGGAUUUCGAUUUAUCAAAGGAGCUACAGAACAACUCUACCAAUGCGACUAUGUUCACAGGUGGUACGGAAAUGUAUUUGGCGCCAGAGAUGAGAGAGUCGCAAGUAACUGGAACCUACUCCACAGACAUUUGGGCGUUUGGUGUAAUGCUGUUCAAAGCUCAUUUCCCAAGAUCCAGAGAUCCAUUCCUAUUGCCAGGCGAAUUGAAUAUUGCCAUUCCUCAACAUCCCGAUCAACGUCUCGUUGCAUUGCUCUCAUCGGUACUCCAAAGAAAUCCACAGCUCCGUCCAACUGCACAUCAGAUUGCUGUUCAUCCAUAUUUCGUUACGUCGCUGGUGGAGGAUCUUUUGUCUUCCAGAACACUGAUCGAUAGUCGUGAAAAGAUUGCAGCAUUCCGUGCACAUAUAUCCUCGCUUGCAGCACUCUCUGAGGAAACCAAUCAAACUUUGGUAAUGCAAGUUAGAAGAUCCACUCUUAUAGUCGAUGUAUUCCAAUUCUUUAAAAAGAUGGAAAGCAACAAGCUUUUCUCAUUGUUGGAGGUCGACUUCCAAGGUGAAAAAGGUUUGGAUCAUGGUGGUUUGUCUUCAGAGAUGUAUUCUCUAUUUUUCAAUGACAGUGAAAUACUGAUGAACAGGUUGAACAGUGAAGAUCAAUCGACCAACAAUUCAGAGUCAAAGGUUAAAAGUAUAUUCUCCAAGAAAUACAAGCUUCUAGAUCGAGGAUCAUCGGAAUCUCCAUUCUAUUUACUCUCUGACCAACCACUGGAAAUGGAUGAGUCUCAACAAAAUAUAUGGUCGUUUAUGAAGUCAGAGCAAGCAGUUUACAAGACACUGGGAAAGAUAUUCCUAAAGGCGAUCAUCGAUGGCAAGCCAAUCCCCGAUGCAUUCCCACCCUCGUUCUUUAAGUUCCUCUUGAACAUCUCACCGAAUCUUCAAGACCUAGAAGCAUACGACCCUCAACUCGGUCAGAGUUUCAAAAAAGUUCUUCUCUUGGACAAUAUCGAUCAGUAUCUUAGUACAACCUUUGAGGGUUUGGUUGAGAAUGGCGAUGAAAUACUGGUGACCGACGAUAACAAAGAGGAUUUCAUUCAAAAGAAUAUCGAUAAGAUCUUGAUUGGUUCCCGUAAAUAUCAGUUGGAUGCAUUCAAGAGUGGUUUCAUGUCGAUUGAAUCGUUGAAUGCUCACUUUGCUCUAUUUUCACCGACUGAGCUACAGUUGCUUAUGUGUGGUAAUCAAUUGGUGGAUGCUGAGCUCUUAAAGCGACACAUCAAGUUUGUCGGAUUUCCAGCGUCAAGCGAUACACCUAAACACUUUUUGUCGGUGAUCGACGCAAUGACUCAAGACGAACUACAUCGAUUCCUCAGAUUCCUCACAGGAAUGGUUGUGAUUCCCAUGCAAGGACUUGAAAAGCCACUCUCGAUUAUCCAUAUUCCAAAGAGUGAGAAACUACCUUGUGCUCAUACCUGUAGCUAUCAGUUAGAUCUACCGGAUUACAGUAACUUUGAAUUGUUGAAAAAGAAAAUAUUACAAAUGCUUGACUGGUUAGAUUCUGGUUUUGGUUUUAUUUAA